AUGGCAGACUCGUGCGAUGAAUUGGUGGGCGAGAAUGACACAAAUCAGAUUGGUCAUGAUGAGGAUUCGCUAGGCAGCCACAAUGUUGGAGAUGCUUCUGUUGCUCCUGAUAUAUAUCAUGUUUAUGACUCCGAUGUCGCAAUGACAUCAGAUGAUGAAUUUCACGAGGCUAGAGCUAACCUACGUGCAUAUGGGGAAGGGAGGAAAAGGAAAGUGAUUGCAAGAGUUGCUGCUGGUGGAGAAGAAGUAGACCAGCUGUUAGAAUUUGAAGAAUCUGACUAUGAAAAUGGGGAGGAGGAAGGCCAAGAUGAUGGUGAGAAUUCACACCACUCCACUCCCCUUCAGAACAAUGAGUCAUCUGAAGAACCUCAGGUACCUGAACAAGCUCAGCCACCUCGAGUUGAUGUUAAUGGGGAGGGCUCUCCGCAUUCAAACUACAGAUUGUCAGAAGAAUCAGAUCAUGUAAGGGGCAACUUAUCAGAUGAGGAGGAUGGUGAUUUGUAUGAUGAUGCACCACGGAUGAUCCACUCUGCGACCAUAAGAAACUUGAGUUUGUAUGUAGAAUGA